AUGGGCGCCUAUAAAUUCAUGCAGGAGUUGUACCGCCACAAACAGUCUGACGUAAUGCGCUAUCUCUUGCGGAUGAGAUGUUGGGAGUUCCGCCAGUCUAAAAAGAUUGUUCGUGUUAGUCGUCCAUCUCGACCAGACAAAGCCAGGCGGCUUGGCUACAAGGCUAAGCAGGGCUUCGUCAUCUACCGCACCCGUGUACGUCGUGGUGGCCGAAAGCGUCCUGUUCCCAAGGGUGCCACUUACGGUAAACCAACAAAUGAGGGUGUAAAUCAGUUAAAGAAUCAACGGUCCAUUCAGGCCACCGCUGAGGAUCGUGUUGGUCGCAAAUGCGGUGCACUUCGUGUACUUAACUCAUACUGGGUUGGCGAAGACAGUACGUUCAAGUUUUUUGAGGUAAUCUGUGUCGACCCAAAUCAUCCGGCUAUUCGUCGGGAUCCUGCCAUUCGCUGGAUUUGCAAAGCUAAUCAGAAACAUCGUGAACAGCGUGGUCUUACCUCUGCCACUUACAAAUCCCGUGGACUCGGGAAGGGUUAUGGAUACAGCAAAACCAUCGGUGGUUCUCGUCACGCAGCUUGGAAGCGCAACAAUUUGGUUCAAAUGAGGCGCCGUCGAUAA